UGGGUCAAAAACUAAAAACAGAACCUCGACGGCGUCUGGGUGGUUUCUCGCGUUGCUUGCUAACACUCGCAGUCCCGGAGUCGGCUUUCAAAGCCAGAAACUUGCGUCGGUUUCUCUCUCCCCUCGACGUCAAUGGCGAUCACGUCACUCACAGAGCUUGAUGACGAUGUAGUGCGUAGCAUGGCCAUUGGCGCCGUGUUCUCAGACUUUGGUGGACAGAUAAAUUCAAUUGAUUUCCACCGAACAAGUGAUCUCUUGGUUACAGCCAGUGCUGAUGAUUCGGUACGACUCUAUGACAUUGUUAAUGCCAAACUUCUGAAGACCACAUAUCAUAAGAAACAUGGUGCUGAUCGUAUAUGCUUCACCCACCACCCUAGUGCGGUUGUUUGCUCUUCAAAGUAUAACCUCGAUUCAACAGGAGAAUCCUUACGAUAUCUUUCCAUGUAUGAUAAUCGCUGUCUUCGUUAUUUCAAAGGCCAUAAAGAAAGAAUUGUUUCCUUGUGCAUGUCACCAAUCAAUGAUAGCUUUAUGUCUGGUUCCCUUGACCACAGUGUAAGAAUAUGGGAUCUCCGAGUAAAUGCCUGCCAGGGGAUUUUACGUUUGCGGGGAAGACCAGCAGUCGCAUAUGACCAGCAAGGCCUUGUUUUUGCUGUUGCUAUGGAAGGGGGUGCUGUUAAAUUGUUUGAUUCACGCUCCUAUGACAAGGGUCCUUUUGAUACCUUUUUAGUUGGUGGAGAUAAUGCAGAAGUCUGUGACAUAAAAUUCAGUAAUGAUGGAAAGUCUAUGCUCUUGACUACCACCAACAAUAACGUUUAUGUUCUUGAUGCGUAUGCUGGAGAAAAGCGUUGUGGAUUUAGCUUAGAGCCUUCACAAAACACAACUAUAGAAGCAACAUUCACUCCUGAUGGACAGUAUGUUGUUGCAGGUUCAGGUGACGGAAGCAUGCACGCUUGGAACAUUAACAUGCGGAGUGAGGUUGCACGUUGGAGUAGUCAUAUCGGUGUUCCAUCGUGUUUGAAGUGGGCACCACGACGUGUGAUGCUAGUGGCAGCUUCCAGUGUUCUUACUUUCUGGAUACCUAACCAUGGAAAGAUCACUGGUGAAUCCAAUGCCAAUGAUGCUGACGUAGCAACGAAACUGGAAGUGCUUCCCCACUGACAGCUAACGUGCUAAUAGCAUGAUGUAUACUGUAUUAUGUGAAGUAUUAUGCACCAAUCAGUCAAGAACAUUGCAAUAGUCAAUAGUUAUAUCUGUAUGGUGAAGAACAUGAAUGAAGGUAGCUAAGAAAGAGACAUUCCAGUUACUGAUUAUGUACCAUUUUUACAGUACAUGAUAAUUUUAAUGAAUACAAAGCAUAUUCAUGUGAA